AUGUCUUCACCAAGCGCUCAACAGCCUGUCCAGACCAAAGAGACAGCCCAGGAUGUGUCGCCCUUGGAUUCUCCAGCUGGAUCCAUCACAGGCAAUGACGAGGGUCAUAGAAUGUCAAUUUCCGACAUGUCCUCUACUGGAGAACCAUCUGUCGACACUCAGGCCCACCAGAAACCUACUCUCAAUCGUCGUCUGGGCUCUGUCAUGUUGUCCGAGUUGCUCUCUCUUCAUGAGGAGCCUGGUCCAUUCUUCACAAUGUCUGUCACUGUCAACGACAUUGACAAUAACAACAAACCAUCUGCAUCUGCCUCCUCUGAGAGCCAGCACCAGAAGGAUCAGCAGUCCAACCGCCCUGUUAAGCCUGAGGAGCACGCCAUCAGUCUGCAACAACGCCAGCCAAAGAACUCACAGUCUGCACCCUCUUCCCAAGAUGACUCUGACCAAACUCAGGACUCGGACGAUCAGGUCACCAGCCCUCAGGCUGCUCAUAUGGAACGACGACCCAGCUCCUUUGAGAUCAUGGGAUGUGGACCCGAGCCGCCCCAGCUGAUGCGCCGCGGAGCCCUCAGAUGGGCUCUGUUUGUCAACACUACGCCGCGCCCUCAUGUCCCGCGGCGCCCUUUGACCCCGUUCCCGUCUCUCGAGCAUCAGCAGUCAGACCGUGCUGGCCCCCGCGCUGGACCAUCUUCUGCACCUCCAGAUGAUGCUGCUGGUGUAAUCCCCCCUUACAUUCUCCCACGCAAUAGGCCAGGCUACAUGCGCAACACUCGCUACCAGCACGGACAGCGGCAGCGACAGCAGCAGGUCCGUCGCGAGCCUGGGCUCCUCGAGUGGGCCAACAUAACGAUGCUCGCCAUUUUCUUCACCGUGCUCUGCGUCUUCGGCUUCAGCAUGGUCGCCCUGGUCGUCGUCGUCACGUUGAUGGUCGCAAAGAACAACGGCAGCAUGGGUCCCACCCCAAUCAACAUCGCCUGGUGCACCAUGAGCGUCGCCCUCCUGCUCUGCAGCGCUUGCUUCUUGAUGUGCAUCCUCCGCUCAGGGGACAAGUGCCUCCCGUUUGCCCUCAAGUUUGACUACACGGGCCGCCGUCAGCCCCGAUCUGUGCAUGCAUCUCAACCUAAGGAGUUUGAGCUGGAGACUUUCCAUCGGGACGACAAUGCAGUUGGUGGUGAAGGUGUUGGAGGAAGAGUCCUGGUCUCCGACAGAAUGUUCGCACCACAGGCACGACUUGGCUUCCCCGUUGAGGCGUCGUCAUCGUUGCCCCGACAAACCGACCUCCUGAGACGUUUCCCACUGCCCCCCUCGGCCGUCGCCCAUCCCGAUGCUGGAGCUGUACAAGCCAGCAACCGUGGAGGUUUUGGUUCCGCCAACCGUUUCAACCAGACCAAGCCUCUGCCCGUGACACCUGACCAUGACAGCUCUGAUGGCGGUGUCCUGUCUCGAAUGCCCAGUCUGAACCAGCACGGACACGAGGGAACCACACACGAACUUCUAGUCCCUCAGGCUCGAGGUAGGGAGGCCUCCACAGAGCACUUGCUCCACCAGGCCAUGUCAAGCUACUCCCUGGCUCAGACUGACGCCACCGCCAACAGUCACAAUGAGCCUCAUGUGGAGCCCAUGAAGUACAGUCCUCUGCAUGCAGUUCGUCAAGUGGGAAACCACCCUGUGAUGGAGAAUAGCAACAAGAGUGUGGCUUCAGCUGCUGCCCAUGAUAGCCUCCUCCGUAUUCAGAACAACAAUGAGGGUGGACAGGAUCUGGUGAAGGCUGAUCAGAAAGACACACAGUUUGAGAGCAUCGCAAGGGGAGAUAAUGCCGGCAGGGGCUUCAUAUGCCGCAUUCUUGGAGUAUGGGUGCGACUUCGGUAA